GCUUUUCUUUCAACUAAACAGAGACCCAAGACAUUAGGGCCUCGAGAAUUCAAACCCAAAAUCACCAACUAUUCACCGGAAGCCAAGGCCCACUCAACCUCCAUCAUGUCCAGCAAACGUGCAAAGGGGAAAACCACCAAGAAACGCCCCCAGAGGGCCACAUCCAAUGUGUUUGCCAUGUUCGACCAGUCCCAGAUCCAGGAGUUCAAGGAGGCCUUCAACAUGAUUGACCAGAACCGAGAUGGCUUCAUCGACAAGGAGGACCUACACGACAUGCUGGCCUCCCUGGGUAAAAACCCAUCGGAUGAGUACCUGGAGGGGAUGAUGGCUGAGGCCCCGGGGCCCAUCAACUUCACCAUGUUCCUCACCAUGUUUGGUGAGCGCCUAAACGGCACCGAUCCAGAGGACGUCAUCCGCAAUGCCUUCGCCUGCUUCGACGAAGAGGGCUCUGGAGUGAUCCACGAGGACCAUCUGAGGGAACUGCUCACCACCAUGGGCGACCGCUUCACUGACGAGGAGGUAGAUGAGCUUUUCCGCGAAGCUCCCAUUGACAAGAAAGGCAACUUCAACUACGCCGAGUUCACCCGCAUCCUCAAACACGGCGCGAAGGACAAGGACGACAUGUAGAGAGACAGGCGACGACUUCGCGACAUGCGCGCACACAGUACUGUUCGGCUGGGAUGGACUUCUCUUUUGGUUUCAUAGGCAGUGGUGAUUAUUCAGUAAUAAGUGCAUCUCAAUAAGUCUCUCGUGGUUUCCUCGCUGUAUUUUUCUGACAUUUCCAGUGAUUCGCCUAUAUUGCCUCAUUAUCAUGCAGUCUAAGAAAGGUGACGAGGUGAGAGGAAGCCAUGUUAGACCAUUAAGAUGCACUGAUCGCCUUUCUGUGUGCAUGCGCAUGAACAGACCAGCGAUACAACAGACCACGUGGAUCUCCCCUUGCCUCUCAUACCAGCACUGGCACUGCCUCUGCCUCCUAAAAAACUGCUACCAAGGAGCUGUGUUGGCGACACACAUUAUAAAGGACUCUGCUGCAUUCUAUUCAUGUCAUGUUCAUGAUAACCUAAACAGGUUAUACCCCUGUUGCUUGUGUGUUAUUCUGUUUUCUUUUGUCGGACGUUUCCCAGUGCUUGUUAGGUCUAUUCCAAGUCUGCCUGUUUCAAUGCAUCAGAAACUCUAGUGGGAAUGCACAACAUCACAUGUUGCAGAAGGGCUCAUAUGUUUGAGAAAGUGUGAGGCCAUGUUGUGAAGUCAGCCUUGAAAGUUUCACAUAGCAAAUUUGUACUUGUUUCCCUUCCAUAGACGCUAAAGAGCAGAAAAAGUUGGGAAGGAACUGGGUUAUUUGCAUAAUCAUGUUGGGUUGAGUUGUUUAAAAGAAAUAUAGCAUGCCUGUACAGGACCAAAGAAUGACCCUGGUUUUAACUUUAUUCCAGAUGAUUAAUUUCAGUAUCCUGCUGCAGUCAUUGCAGUAGCCUAUAUCUUUUAUAUUCUGUAUCUGAGAAAAUAAAAGACAUUCCC